CGCAUCAAUAGCCAACUGAAUCUUUCGGCGCCACAUUUUGGACUUGGUGUUUUCGAGAAACUGUUGUUUACAAACAUAAUCUAAUGGAAUUUAUCUAUAAAUUGUUUUGAUAUACACUGCAUUCAAUCGUGAAUAAUGUUUAUCAAAUCAGUCGUGUUAGACGGGUUUAAAUCUUACGCUCAGCGUACAGAAAUCACCGGCUUUGAUGAGCAGUUCAAUGCCAUCACUGGUUUGAAUGGAAGUGGAAAGUCAAACAUUUUGGAUUCCAUUUGCUUUGUACUUGGAAUUUCUAAACUUGAUCAGGUCCGGGCCACAAAUCUUCAAGAACUGGUUUAUAAAAAUGGUCAGGCAGGAGUGACCAAAGCUACUGUCAGUAUCAUCUUUGACAACAGUGACAAAAAACAAAGUCCGCUUGGAUAUGAGCAGUAUGAUGAGCUGACUGUGACUAGACAGGUUGUGGUUGGUGGGCGUAAUAAAUAUCUGAUCAAUGGCAGCAAUGCAAAUAACAUCAGAGUCCAGGACUUGUUUCGCUCUGUGCAGCUCAACGUCAACAACCCACAUUUCCUCAUCAUGCAAGGGAGGAUCACCAAAGUUUUAAACAUGAAACCACCAGAGAUUCUCUCAAUGAUAGAAGAAGCAGCUGGGACCAGACUGUAUGAGAGCAAGAAGGAAUCAGCUCAGAGAACCAUUGAAAAGAAGGAUGCUAAACUAAAAGAGAUUGACACUAUCUUAGCUGAAGAGAUUACCCCGACCCUGACCAAGUUGAAAGAAGAGAGAUCGUCUUACCUGGAGUACCAGAAGGUUAUCCGUGAGCUGGAACACCUAAACAAACUUUAUAUAGCCUACAAGUUUGUGUGUGCUGAGGAGACAAAGCAGAGUUCAGUUGAACAGCUAGCUGAGAUGCAAGAAGCCAUGCAGAAAUUCACUGAUAGAUUAAAGGAGAUUGAAGAGACUGUGGAGGGCCUAAAUAAAGAGAUAGCUGAACUGGAAAAGAAAAGGGAUGAGGAGUCUGGUGGUAAAAUGGAGGAGCUAGAGACAGAGCUGAGUGAGAGACAGAAGGUGGAGGCUAAGGCCCAGAGUGCCCUGGAUCACAAGAAAGAGGCACUGAAGGCAGAGCAGAAGAAGAAGAAAGAGACAUCUAAGCAGCAUGAUGAGGAUGUGAAAGUCCUCAAGUCCAAGCAGAAAGAGCUAGAGAAGUUUAAUGAGACCUACUCCAGGCUGCUGCAGCAAAGCAAGGAUGAUGAGGAGGCCAUAGUUGCAGCACAGAAACACUUCCAUGCAGUCAGUGCUGGACUGUCCAGUAAUGAUGAAGGAGAGGCUGCCACUCUGGCUGACCAGCUCAUGGCCGCCAAGAAUGACAUCAGCAAUGCAGACACAGAAACAAAACAAGCACAGAUGAAACUGAAGCACAACCAGCAGGAAAUCAAGAAGAAGCAAGCAGAAUUGAAGAAGACUGAGCAAGGCUACAAGAAGGACAAAGAUGCAUAUGAUGCACUAGAGAAAAACCUACAGAAAUUGGAAGCAGAGCUGAAAAAGCUUGGUUUUGAGGAGAACAAAGAAGAGGACCUGCAAAAAAGAAGAAGGGACUUGACCAAAGAGGUCCAGUCACUUAGACAGAAGGUUGACUCUCUGGAAUCCAAAUUCCCAAGACUUCAGUUCGAAUACAAAGACCCUGAGAAGAACUUUGACAGGUCCAAGGUGCAUGGUCUUGUCUGCAAGCUAGUAAAGGUGCCAGAUGUCAGCACGGCAACUGCUCUAGAGGUUACUGCAGGAGGAAAGCUUUACAACAUUGUAGUUGACACAGAACAGACAGGGAAAAAGCUGUUACAGAAGGGAGAGUUAAAGAUGCGCUACACCAUCAUUCCACUCAACAAGAUUUCUGCCAGGAGCAUUGAUGCUCCAACCAUCAAAAGAGCCGAGGAGCUGGUUGGCAAAGACAAUGUUCACACUGCCCUGUCCCUGGUUGGCUAUGAAAAGGAUCUCCAGAAGGCUAUGGAGUUUGUGUUUGGCUCUGCCUUCGUCUGCACUGACAUGAACACAGCCAAGAAGGUCACAUAUGAUGAAAAGGUGCUGAAAAAGUCUGUCACCUUGGACGGAGACUCUUUUGAUCCAUCUGGACUACUAACUGGAGGUGCCCGUGCCCAGACUAGUUCUAUCCUGGUGAAGCUUCAGGAGAUCCAGGAGGCAGCUGGCAUAUUGAGCACCAAGGAGAAGGAGCUGGACGCUGUGGAGAAAGAGUUGCAGUCACUUGCUAAAGUUGCUGAUCAAUACCAGAAACUAAAACAGCAAUAUGACCUCAAGGUUCAUGAGGCUGAACUGGUCAAGGCAAGACUGGAACAGGGAACACAUCAUCAGCAGCUAGAGGAUAUCAAUGCUCUCCAGAGCUCCAUUGAUGAACAAGAGGCCACGUUAAAGAAGGCCAAAGAAACUCAGGACAAAGCCACAAAGAAGGUGAAAGAACUUGAGGACAAGAUCAAGAAUGCCAAGUCUAUUAGGGAAAAGGAAUUGAAAGAAUCAGAAAAGGCUCUUGAGAAGGCCAAGAAAAAUGCAGAAGAGUCUAGCAAAAAACUGAAGGAAAAACAGCAGGAUCAUGACAGCUUAAAGCUGGAGUGUGAAGAACUGGAGAAGGAAAUAGCUGGAUAUGAAGACCAACUGAAGGCAGUGGACGAAGCCAUCAAAGGAAUUGAGGAGCAACUAGAACAGUUACAAGAAGUUGCUGCACAGCAUAAGGCUGCAGUUAAGGAAGCCCAGGCCGAGGUGAACAAGCAGAAGGAGCUGUUGAAGGCUAGAAACAAGGAGAUAAGUGCCAAACACACAGAGCAGAAAAACCUGCAGAAGGAGACCAACGCCACACAGCUGAAGAUGCAGGAGAUGGAACACAAGAUUGCCAAGCACAACAGGGAAUCCAAAGAUGCAGCUAAACUGGUCGAACAAAUGCUGCAGCAGUAUGAAUGGAUUGCCGACGAGAAGAAAUAUUUUGGGCAGGCAAACACAGCUUAUGACUUCAAGGCAAAUGACCCCAAAGAGGCUGGCCGUAGGAUCCAGAAACUGCAGGAGACCAAGGAUAAGCUCUCCAAGAAUGUGAACAUGAGGGCCAUGAAUAUGCUGGGGAAAGCAGAAGAACAGUACAAUGACCUGAUCAAGAAAAGAAAGAUGGUUCUCAAUGACAAAGCCAAGAUUGCUGCUGUUAUAGCUGAACUGGAUGAAAAGAAAAAUGAAGCCCUGAAGAAAGCGUAUGAACAAGUUAACAAAGACUUUGGUUCCAUCUUCUCCACGCUGCUGGUGGGAGCCAAGGCCAAGCUGGCGCCACCUGAAGGGCUGGGUGUUCUGGACGGUCUAGAGGUGAAAGUGGCAUUUGGAGAGAAAUGUCAGUGGAAGGAGUCCCUCACAGAGCUCAGUGGAGGACAGAGGUCUCUGGUAGCCCUGUCCCUGAUCUUGUCACUGCUGUUGUUCAAGCCAGCCCCGCUGUACAUUCUAGACGAGGUGGACGCUGCUCUUGACUCCAGUCACACACAGAACAUUGGACAGAUGCUGAGGACCCACUUCAAACACUCACAGUUCAUUAUAGUCUCACUUAAAGAUGGUAUGUUCAACAACGCUAAUGUCCUGUUCAAAACCCGGUUUGUUGAUGGCGUCUCCACAGUGACACGCUAUGUUCAAAACCAGCCUCACAAAAGUGGUACUUCCUCAAGUAAAGACGACAAGACAAGUAAAAAGAAGGCCACCACCAAGCGUGCAAGAAUUGAUGAAGCACCAACACCUUUAGGUGUGCACACUGAAUGAAAAACUUUUCCAUGGAGUAUCUAGGUUAUAGCAAAAAUUUUUCCAACUCUGUAGAUGAUAUAUCAGAUUGGAUAGAGAAAAUAUUCCACUGACACGGAAGGGGCUGCGGGUGACCCUGCUCACAGUAAGAGUAGCCCAAUCUCACACCAAGAUGAGUGCAGAUUUGUGAGGAGACACAAUUAUAAUGCACGUGCACAGGCUAGGAUAUUCCUGUGUAGAAUCUGAAUCUUGUCUACUGCAAGCUGGAUCUGAACGGGUAGCCAAGGAAUAUGUAUGAACUUGUGUGUACUGUAGUGAAUAUGUGAUAUAUUGAGUAAUGCUGUAAAGAAUGGAAAUUGUUUACCAAUAUAUUGAAAUCUUUUAUUUAUUUAUUUAUUUUUUUGUAUUGAAAUGAGUGUAAUUUAAUUUUUUUUAGAAGCAACAACUUCAGUUAUUGAAUUCUUCCAGUAAUUUCCAUAGUUGAUCUCUGUUAGUUUUUUGACCAUGUAACCUCUAUAAAGAGUUGCAUUUGCUCUGAAUUUAAAAAAGAAAAUCAUAACAGAUGGUAAAUUGAAAAGAAACUGACAUUAUUCUUGUCAUUCUCAUUUGUAUAUACCUCAUGUCACCAUAUUGGUAAAAUAUAGAUUGCUUUUAGAAAAUAAAAUAAUAGAUAAUUAUUUUUA